CACUUCCGUGGAUGUUAAAAACGUGCGCCACCGCGCGUGCUCAUUGGGUCGGAUUUGUUCGAGUACCUCGUAGGUCGUCGGUGUCGUGGAGCAAAGAUCACUCAAGGGUCAAGCAAGCCAAGAAGAGUGUUCGACUGCCGUUUCGAAACAGAAGUUUGCAUAACAUGGCGAAUGUUUGCUUGAUCGUCAUCGACGGCUGGGGUAUCUCGUCAGAUCCUCACGGCAAUGCAAUUCUUAACGCAAAGACACCUGUCAUGGAUGAACUUGCCGCUAAUGAAGGUCACUACUUAACCUUGUUCGCCUCUGGACUUCAUGUUGGUCUUCCUAAGGGUUUGAUGGGCAACAGCGAAGUUGGUCACCUGAACAUUGGCGCCGGACGUGUCAUAUAUCAAGACAUCGUGCGAAUUAAUAUGGACGUCAGUCAGGGCACCAUACAGAAGAAUCAACAUUUCGUUGAAGCAUGCAAUCGUGCCGUGUCAACGACAGGACGAUUGCACAUCCUUGGACUGUGCAGCGACGGUGGUGUGCACGCGCACAUCGAUCACAUAUGUGCCCUCCUGGAAGGUGCAAAGAGCCACAAUGUGCCGAAAACCUUCAUACAGUUCUUCGGAGAUGGACGUGACACGAGUCCUACCAGCGCUGUGAAAUACGCUCAACAGAUUUUGGACAAGACCAAGGCACUCAACUACGGCUCCCUGGCGACGCUUGUGGGCCGCUACUACGCCAUGGACCGGGACAACCGGCAGGAGAGAAUUCAGAUUGCCUACGAGGGCCUGGUGUCCGGCAUUGGCGAGAAAUGCUCGCAUGCCGACGUUGUCAAACUCAUCCAGAGCCGCUACGACGCUUCAGGGGACGACAGGCAGACGGACGAGUUUUUGAAACCCAUUAUCGCGGACGAGGAUGGGCGCAUCCAGAACGGAGACACCCUGCUAUUCGCGAACUUCCGCGCAGACCGAGCAAGGCAGAUAGCAGAAGCAUUUGGUAUCGGUCCUCAUUUCAAGCCGAAAUUCAUCCCUCAUAACGUCAAGGUGUUCACGAUGACACAGUACAAGAAGGAAUACCCUUUCCCUUGUCUUUACCCUCCUACCGUUCCCAAGAACGUACUUGCGGAAUGGCUUGCUGCUCAGGGGAAGAGUCAGAUGCACUGCGCGGAAACCGAGAAAUAUGCUCACGUCACUUUCUUCUUCAACGGUGGUCAGGAGAAAGCGUUCCCCGAGGAACACCGCGUCCUUGUACCAUCUCCGAAGGUGGCCACGUACGACCUCCAGCCUGAAAUGAGCUGUCACGAAGUGGCACUCGAAAUGGUCAAAGCCUUAGACUCAAAGAAGUUUCCAUUCGUCAUGUGUAACUUUGCUCCUCCUGACAUGGUUGGCCACACAGGGAUCUACGAAGCAGCCGUGAAGGCAUGCGAAGCAACGGAUGCGGCAAUUGGCCUCGUAAGAGACGCGUGCGUUAAGAACGGCUAUGUCCUGCUUGUGACGGCAGACCAUGGCAAUGCUGAGGUGAUGAAGACUCCAGAUAACAAGCCUGUUACCAAGCACACGACGAACAAGGUCCCUUUCUGCAUGUUCGGCCCUAAGAAGUUCAAGAAGCCUGACCACGAAGCCGCUAUCUGCGAUGUUGCACCCACAGUCCUAGCUCUCAUGGGGCUCGGACAGCCUCCGGAAAUGACCGGGAAAUCUCUUCUUGAGGCUUGAGCAUGCAGUCAUUCUGUUCUGCUUUGUCAGUGUUGUUCCAGUCAUGUGAACAUUAGGUGUGUAUAAAUUUUAGGCCAGUACCCUAUUUAUUCAUUUGGAACAUGUAGUGAAAUAAAUAAAUUAGGCCUCGA